UCCGUGCUGGCAUCGUUCCUGGGGCUGCUGGUGUUGGUGACCCAGCAAGACAGUGAGACUGUACGCUGUGGGAGCCAUGUUGAUGCCUGUUUUUGUGUCAAACGGUACACUUUGGAUGGUUAAAGGACUGCCUCUGAUAGACUGGAAGCCAGAGCGGUGAUUUCCCAACCGCUAUGAGAAGAGAGUACCUCGCUGGGAUGGUACAGAGCGCCCUCGAGGAGAACUGGUUUUAAUUCACCGGGCAGCUGAUUCAAAGCAAAUGAAGUUGAUGCUAGUUAGCUUGGUAGCAACAGCUGUGCAGACGCUGCGUGGGAUGCAGUUUCUGGAUUCUUACGAUAUUCUUCCUCAGUUUGUUGCCUUUUGCUGAGCGGACGUCAACCCGGCAAUUGGGACUCGCUUCUUAAACCGCUCCUUUAGCGCUGUUGAUUUUUUAUAUAUAAAAGAUGGCUUUGUAAAGCUAGCUAACGUUAGCAUGCUGACAACCAGUCCGCAUCUUUCGUCACGACUGUUUGUUAGCUGAUGGGGUUCUAACUUGGUGUCUCUCUAGGGCUGUUUGCCACUAGUUUGAGGGAGGAAAAUAGCUUAAAUAAGCCAAAUAGAAUUAUGGUGGUGAAUUCCGUCUCCGGACAAAACUACCUGUUCGCCUCCCCAGCCUGCCGAUGAGCAGCUAACGGGUUUAGCAGCAGAACUUUGCUCCAGCGGGUGUCUCACAAGCUGCAGAGCCCUCUUUUUUUCUCCCCCUCCUUAACCGAGCCCUUACCCGAAGCAAGCUGGCGGCCCUUCGAGUAGAAGCCGAGGACAAGGAGCUGGGGCCCAUGGCCUGGGUGCUGAAGAUGGACGAUGCCACUAUCGAGUCGGGGCUGGUGCACGAUUUCGAUGCUAGCUUGUCUGGCAUCGGGCAGGAGCUCGGGGCUGGAGCUUACAGCAUGAGUGAUGUGCUGGCUCUGCCCAUCUUUAAGCAGGAGGACUCCAACCUUCCACCUGAAAGCAAGACCAAAAAUCCUCCAUUCCAGUAUGUGCUGUGUGCUGCCACCUCGCCUGCUGUCAAGCUGCACGACGAGACGCUUACUUAUUUAAAUCAAGGCCAGUCUUAUGAGAUCCGUAUGUUGGACAACAGAAAGACGGGGGAGCUGCCAGAGCUCAACAACAAGAUGGUGAAGAGCACAGUACGGGUAGUGUUUCACGACCGGCGGCUGCAGUAUUCGGAGCACCAGCAGCUGGAGGGCUGGAGGUGGAAUCGUCCUGGGGACCGUCUCCUUGACAUCGAUAUCCCCAUGUCAGUGGGCAUUGUUGAGCCCAAGACUCACCCCUCCCAGCUCAACGCUGCAGAGUUUCUAUGGGACAUGAACAAAAGAACUUCUGUUUUCGUGCAGGUGCACUGCAUCAGCACAGAGUUCACUCCCAGGAAGCAUGGCGGAGAGAAGGGCGUCCCCUUCAGGAUCCAGAUCGACACCUUCACCCAGGGAGGCGGUGGAGAGUACACAGAGCACCUCCACUCCGCUUCUUGUCAAAUUAAAGUCUUCAAGCCAAAGGGGGCCGACCGUAAGCAGAAGACUGACAGGGAGAAGAUGGAGAAGCGUACCCCUCAGGAGAGGGAGAAAUACCAACCUUCCUAUGAUACCACUAUCCUAUCAGAGACGAGGCUUGAGCCCAUCAUUGAAGAUUCGGGCGACCAUGAGCUGAAAAAGUCCAGCAAGCGGACACUUCCCGCUGAUUGUGGUGACUCCUUGGCCAAGAGAGGCAGUUGCUCCCCAUGGCCAGACGCCGCCUACACCAGCACCAACCAGGCAGCUAACCCUUCCUUCUCCUCCACCCCUCUCUCCACCUACACCACCUCCUCUGUGCUGGACAGUGACUCAUCCUCCCCCAAUCACCAGGUGGAUCCUGGUGGCCACAGCAACUCAGAGCAGUUGAGCCCCACUGCCUCCAUACAGGACACGCAGAAGUGGCUGUUGAAGAACCGCUUCAGCUCCUACACUAGACUCUUCUCUCAUUUCUCAGGUUCUGAUUUAUUGAAGUUGACCCGGGAGGACCUGGUCCAGAUUUGUGGGCCAGCAGAUGGGAUCAGACUCUUCAAUGCACUCAAAUCCAGGUCAGUGCGUCCCAGAUUGACAGUGUACGUCUGUCAGGAGUCUCCUCAGGGGAGCCCUCUGCUGGAGAGACACUGCACAAUUGAAAAUGGAGAACACCAGAGCUCUGCUAGUUUACAUGUGUACCACGCUCUGUAUUUAGAGGAGCUCACAGCUGCAGAGCUCAUCCGUAAGAUUGCAUCUGUGUGUGGCAUUCCUUUGGGAAGGAUCCACCAAGUGUACAGGCAGGGUCCUACAGGCAUUCACAUCCUGCUAAGUGACCAGAUGGUUUACAACUUGUCUGACGAGAGCUGUUUUUUGAUCAGCACCGUCAAAGAUGAGUUGGGCGAAGGAAUUCAUCUAAUCUUGAAGUAGUGAGGAGCACAGAUGGCGUCACUAAUACUCCACGCUCUGCUAUGAAACAGAAGCCUCCUUCUGUCGCUCUGCAUCCUCCCCGUCUCUCUUUAACGAUCACUCGAUGGAGCGCAGUGACUGCGCUAAAGCCAAGUAAAUGUUAGAAUCUGACAUGGGUGUGACCUCUGUUUCAUAUUGAAAACAUUAUUAAAUGAAGGAGAUCAGUUACAACGUAGAGAUUGGGGAGGAUUUGAGAUCAGGGGGGUAUUUGACAUUGUUCUGUGUAUUUUGAUUUAUUUUUUUUAUAUAUAUAUAUAAAUAUAUAUGGUUUCUGUGUGGAAAUGGGAGGGUGCAGGCUCCAAGGGAGAGGGGUGGAUGGUGCUUUGGCAUGCAAGAGACAGCAGGAAGUAAAAAAGUCACCUUAUUGCUUGUUGCCCUUCCUAUACAACCAGCGUUAGGCCAGUAUUUGAUGAAACUGUACUGCUGAACAGCAUGCAAUCCAUACCAAGUUGCUUGAAAAAGAAACUUACUCUGCUUACUUAACAUUGUUUGACGGGGAUGUCUUAAUUAACCUUUCUCUAAUUGGCUGAGCGUGUUAACUCAGAAUAUUCAGGGUAAAUGGGUGGAAGUGCUCUCAUCUUUUGGCUUUUUUUGUUAAAUAAUUUUAUGAGCUAAUAUCACAUAGUCUCACACUUUGUGAUAUAAGCUUACAGCCAUAUAUCUGUCUGCAUAACGUCUCUUUUAAGCUCAGCUAACAUACGUCCAUAUGGCCUGUGCUUUUACAGCUUUUAGUUAAUCCUUUGAGUCAGCUCUUUCUGUUGCUCUUAUUGAAUUUACCCUUUCUGGUGCCAUACGGGCUCAUUAGCUUAGCUUUUUAUUCCAAAAUAUACACAGAGUACAUUAACGUCAUUAUUUGACUCCUCUGUUUUUAUUAAAACACUGGUUUACAGAAUUCUGGAGAAAUGAAUUGGAAAUUGGUAGAUAAAACCCCUCUGUGAUGCUGUCCAAUGGAGCAUUAGUG